GGUUGGACUGGUUCUGGAGCCUCUACAUCCGACAAGAAGAUUGGGGUAUGCGCAUCUCCGACUUAGUUGUUUAGUCGACGACUGAGAUCAUGACAUAAGGUCGUUGGCCUUACGAUGUUCGAUCUUCGAAGGUUAGGCAAAGUGGGUAGGAUUGGUGGUGGGGCGAUCAUUCACUAUAUUCACAAUUUAAAGCUAGAUAGGCAAGCUCGGAAUGGUCGGCGUUAAUAGUGGCAAAUUCCCCGCUAUACGGCAACACUUGCAAGAGAACAUCGGGAAUGUUUACAAGGAUAUGGAUACCUCGUGCGUGAUCACAUCAGUACUACUUGUUCUUGGCCAACCACCAAUCAGCUUUGAGGAGUUCCCAAAAGAUGGCAAUGUCGAUCCUGAGGCUUACUGUCUUACCCUCCUAGACAAGGUGGCCAUCGACCAAAUGUCUCCCGGAGAUGCUAUCAUCGUGUUUACCCCUGAUAGUGACUUGUACGCGAUUGAACGUGGCAUCCAUGUUCUCGUCACAAAGCCCGCAACCAAAUUGCUAUCGCACCACAACGAGCUUAUUGCAGCUGCGAGGAAGCAUAACGUGGUCUGCUUUGUGGAGCAUCAUAAGCGGUUUGAUCCCGUGUAUAGUGAUGCCAAAGCUAGAGCACAGGCACUUGGUGAAUUCAACUUUUUCAACGCAUGGAUGAGCCAGCCGAAGAGUCAGUUGGAAACCUUCCGUGCUUGGGCUGGCAAGGAUUCAGAUAUCAGCUAUUAUCUCUCGUCGCAUCAUAUUGAUAUUUGCUGCUGGAUUCUCCAAGACAAAGCAAUACCCACGCGAGUUGUUGCUAGUGCAGCAACCGGCAUUGCUACGGGGGAGCCCUAUAACUGUGUCCCUCAAACAGAAGACACCAUCACACUCCUCGUCGACUGGCAGUCGAUCGAGAGCUCGGGACACAAGGGCACAGCAGUGUACACUGCAUCUUGGACUGCACCUUUGAAGGCAGGUGUUCACUCUGCCCAACACUGGUAUUAUAUGGGUUCGAAGGGGGAUAUAAACGUCGACCAAGCUCACAGGGGGUACGACAUCACCGUUGACGAAACUGGGAAGACGUGGUACAACCCCUUCUACAUGAAAUAUUCGCCCUCGGAGAGUGGUCACUUCGAUGGACAACGGGGCUACGGAUACAUUUCAAUCGAGAAGUUUGUUGACGCCGCCCGAGAAGUCAACGCCGGCGUUGCGAAACCCUCCGAUUAUGAUGGUCACGGCUAUCCGACCAUUGCCAAUACUGUACUUACCACUGCCAUCCUCAAUGCUGGCCGUAUUAGUCUAGACGAGAAGAGAGCCGUUGGUAUCAUGAAAAGCGGAAACGAAUGGAUUCUAGAAUGAGAGGUUUGCGUUGACGAUGUUACAUGCAAUUUCAAUUUACCAGGGUUACAACAAGUGUACUAUAUCGAUGUGUCAGUGAAGCCCGAGUUCCGUACUACAUCCGUGGAGGAAUGAUGAGCAAUAUCGAGCAUGUGCAACUUGAAGAUAUGUUUUCAUUCAUUCC